CUGACAGGGUCUGGCAUGAGCCUGUCCUGUCCUCGAGCCUGUGCUGACCCUCCUCUCUCUGCAGGAGACCAAGGGGAGAAGGGCGCUCGUGGAGAGAAAGGAGCAUCGUGGGAAGCUGAGCGAUGUGACACAGGACCUCGGAGCUGCAGGGAGAUGCUCACCAGGGGCCACACCCUGAGCGGCUGGCACACCAUCUACCUGCCCGACUGCCGGCCGCUGACCGUGCUGUGCGACAUGCACACGGACGGCGGGGGCUGGACCGUGAUCCAGCGCAGGGUGGACGGCUCCGUGGACUUCUACCGGGACUGGGCCGCCUACAAGCAGGGCUUCGGCAGCCAGCUGGGCGAGUUCUGGCUGGGCAACGACCACAUCCACGCCCUGACCGCCCAGGGUACCUACGAGCUCCGUGUGGACCUGGUGGACUUCCAGGGCACCCGACAUUUUGCCAAGUACCAGUCGUUCAGGCUGGGGAGCGAGGCCGAGAAGUAUCAGCUGGUCGUGGGCGCCUUUACUGGGGGCACCGCCGGUGACUCCCUGACCCAACACAACGGCACCCUGUUCUCCACCAAAGACCAGGACAACGACCGGGUCGCCUCCAACUGUGCCGAGAGUUACCAGGGCGCCUGGUGGUACUACGACUGCCACGUGUCCAACCUGAACGGGCGCUACCUCGGGGGCUCCCACGAGAGCUUUGCGAACGGCAUCAACUGGAAGUCGGGGAAGGGGUACAACUACAGCUACAAGGUGGCCGAGAUGAAGGUGCGGCCGGUGUAGGGCGGAUGGCGGCCCAGAACGUCUCUCUCCCAGCAGGUCCCGCGCCCCCAGCACAGGCACACGAGGCCCCCACGCAA